AAAAUAUAUUUAAUUAAUAUUUAAUAGUCUAUCCAAUAACAGGACCUGACAACUAUUUGAUCUCUAACAUAAAGUUUGUGCCCAUACAGCAGCCUUGCAAGACCAGAACCACACUUAGUGUUAUUUUUGCUGAAAAUUAUCAAAGUCACGUGCUACAACAUCAGUGUGGGAAGGGCAGGUAUGGUAGACAUGAAGCUAAAUGAAAGGCUAUUUAAAAAUAUCCUGCUACAGUAGUUUGCAUUACUUAUUAUUUAGAUACUGGUUUUAAAUUAUUAUUUUACUGUUUUUAAACUAUUAUUGGAAAAUCUACAUUAUUCCUACCAUCUUAAGACCCCAAACAAGCCACUGAGGGUGCCUUGUAACCUGCCUGUGAAGCAGCAGGUUACACCCCAGCAAUGACACUGCUGGCACUGCUCAGAAGAGACUAAUGGAUAAUAUUCCCUGGACAAUCCAUCUUCUAUUGCCCUUGCUCUGAGUCUUGGUCCUGCCUUUCCUCUUGUAAAAAUCUAUGUCCAAUGGGACUGUCACACUGCCCUCUCUCUCAGGAGAGCAGCUACCUAAAAAAUAGGUAGGAUGAACGAAUCGGCUGACCUGAAAGAUUGGAAGGUAUUCAUACAAAUUCCCAGCGUAUCAGCUUGGCUUCUUUGCCUGGAGGAAACCUCCAUGACCAUGAACAUUUGUUGAAAUUAAACCUUCUUCUUUCUCUCUUUACUUAAGCCUGAAUCAGAAGACUAGGAAUAAUCUCACUGGGAGUUUCUGUGAUCCAGCACUCUCCUUUGCUGUUGAUUUUUCAGGGUUUAGGGAGCCUGGAUAAUGUAGCUGUGUAAUAUGCCCUUGUCUGCACUUUUAGGGUAGAGCAGAGGUAGGAGGUAGGAUGUGUCAGGAACAUGGCAAACUCCUGUGGGAUGUGGCUGCAUUGGUGCCAAUGAAGGUACAGGUACCAGAGUUCCUGUAGUGCUCCCUUCAGGGACUGUGUGCAUAAAAAAUGCUUUUCAGCUCUGCAGAGGGCACAGAGUUAUCUGCUGACAACCUGCACCCUGAGAUCUGUGUUCUCCAGCCUGUUUCUGUGUCACCGCCCUUUUCUGCCCUGCUGUCUGAGGUGAGACCAACUCAGCUCCAACCAGCAGUCGAGCUUCCUCCUUCUUCCUCAUCAAUUGCUGAGAUGAGAUCUAGUCUGUGUUUCAACAGCAGUUAUUUUGGGUGCAGAAGAUCAAGUUUCUCCAUAUAGAACGGAUGAGGCUUCCCAAAAUUGCCUGUCAUCCACUGUGUUCACAUUUUCCAUGGGUGAGGAGAAGUCAUUUGAUUUCUUUGUGACAAACAAGACUCAGUGAGGAAAACGGCAGCGUUAUUUAUUGGCUGGUAAUGUUCUUCCUAAUGCAAAGAGAUGUGAUGCUGCAUAUCCUCCUCAAGAGUAAAUUGCCCUGUCAGCUGCCCCUUCUUAGUGUUUGAUUCAGAUCCUGCUGCUUAACUCAGUUUCUUAGGCUUCUCUUUCCUCUAGUUAAUGUAUAGCUGCAGUUUGCAUCCUGUUUUGCGUCCAUAUGCCAACCACGGUUUGCCAUUUAUUCUGCCAAAUUUAUAGCUACACACUCAACCAACAAUCUGUCUAGGUAGCCAGUAAGAAUUAUGUGCAAAAUGUUAUUUCCUAAAUCUGGAUGUGAUUAUCUCUCAAAUGUGUAUUUCCAAAAUAGCAGCUUCCUUCUAAAGAGAGCUGGUAAGCAAGGAGGGAGAGCAGGGAUUUGCUAAAUGUAUUUGUGCUUCUGUUCUUAAUGAAGUCUUUUUCCUAGAUAUUUGUAUCUGAACUAUUAAGUCUCAGACACUUGUAUCUGAACUAUUGUGUCUAUCAAUUCAUCCUAUUUACUUGAAAAAUUAUACAUUUACAAAAACAUUUCCUUUGAUUUGCUGAUGGUUAUACCUGUCAGGUAUGAGUUAUUACUUCAUCUUUCAUUUAAAACCUUUUCAAGUUUAAAAAAAUGUAGUAUGUAGAACACAAGGCGAAAUUGCUGGGUCUGAGUGAUGUUCUCUAUUGGCACUUUUAUUACUUGUUGUACAAGAGGUGGCAGCCCCAAUACUAAUUAAAAGAAGUGUUCGGACAUGCAGGAGAUAUUCUGGCUUUCCAAGCCAGAGCCAAAAUGGUUCAUUGCUGCAGUGGAGAGGACAGUUCCUGCAGGGCUCCUGCCUGCAUAGGUUUUGUGGGAAAACAGCCUUAUCACCUCCAGGCUUGAGCAAGCUGCAGGGAAUCUCUCCAUGAUUCAGUCGAGACGGAAGAGGCCUUGACCCCAGCCUGCUGAUUUUUGGUUCCCCCACAAAAUCAAAUCAGCUUCUCAGCCAAACAACUUCCUCCCCAAGCCCAGUCCCCAACUCUUUAAUUUCCCUUCACCAGGCCCACAGAUGGGUUUUUCCUCCCACUCCACCACAGGGCCCCCACAGCCUGGGGUGCAGUGCCCGGGACAUGUUUGCUUUCACACUGACUCACUUCUGCGCCCGUCCCACCUCAGACCACAGCGGCCCUGGGCUGAGAGUGAAGAAAACUGCUCCCAGCAGAAGCUGAAGCCAUGUGAAAUCUGACAGGUUUCUGAUACGUGGCCAAGCCUGUGUCUGAGGUCAGGUUUAUUGACAGGGUCACAACAUGUAAACAGCACAUGCUUUCCCUGCUCCAGACCUUCCGCAGAAAAGAUGCCUUGUGUACAGAUAACCACAGAUAUGCAGGGUGGGAUUCUGGGUUGUGCAACGCCUGGCACCUCUCCAAAUUAUCUGUUUUGCACUGGCCUCUUCCAGGAGGAGCUCAGAAAGUGUGUCUUGUGAAAGGCUGGUCUCUGGGAUCAGUAGCAAACUCUUUUGGACUCAGCUGCUUGUGCUGGGAUCCUUGUGUGGCUGUGUACGGAAACAUGACAUGAGCUCAACGUGGUAAAUGUGGAAUGCAAAAUCAAGGCUGCUGUGUGAUAAGGAUUCCCAGGAUGCAGUCAGGACUCUGUCACGCUCAUCCCAGUUAUGCACAGAGGCAGCAUAUGGAGGAGCUGGCCCAUCAUCUCCCUGUCUACCUCUUCUCUGUCUGACUGUGCUGUGAUCCACUCUGUUUCUCGCAGCAAAGGGUUCUCUGUGUUCUGCCAGCAGAGCUUCAUGGAGAUACAACGGGAGGGCUGUGACCUUGGGAGAACAGGCAUCUUGUGACUUUCCAAGUUUCACAAUGCAGAGUGAGAGGAUGCUGUUCUUUCCAUAUCCAUUCUGCAUAUUCAGAGUUUUCCAUUAGGGUCCUUUCUCAAUAGGAGGAGAAAAUUUUGCAGUAGGAUCAGAAACAGGGAACUGAGCAGGGGGAGAGAGGGAAACAACUUGUCACAAAGUUUUUCCAAUACUUGUCUGAGAAGCAAUCUUCUGUAAAGCUGUUUCCUACUAUCAAAUUCCCCUCAGCACUCAAACUGUGAGCCCUGAGCUGGCAAUCUGAGGGUUGCUGUUUCAUGAGCAUAUUUAAGCACACACACCUCACCUCACAUGCUUUCCUUCAUCCUGGAGCAUUAUUUCUGCAGAUACCUGUUCAGGGUUCAGAUUGAGCUCAGCUCCCAUUGAGAAGAGAAAGUCUCAUCCUCCUGUCUGUUCUCAAAAAAUUGCUUUUUGAGGGUUACAUAUAUUAAGAAAUGGCACAGUUAUGAAAACAUUUUGCUUUUCAUCUGUCUUUCACAGAAACCUGUCUUUACUAAGGCUGCUUUUCUUGGAGAGAUUCUAGCUGCAAAACAGUAUUUCAUAGCACUCUUAAUGCUGACAAAGAAAAUAGCCUCUCUCUUCCAGCCUUAGUCUUUGCCAUCUAGUCUUUGUUCAUGUUCACCUCCACACUUGUUUUUUGAUGAACAAAAUUCAACAAAAGCAGCUGUCCUGAAAGCUGACUGAUCACUACAGGUUACUGCAGGGAGGCUGGGAUUUUCCAAGCCAGCCAGAGGUAUUGCUGGGCAUCACAGUGAUGUCCCAGCUGAGGAUCUUAGGUAGGUGUUGGAGGUUGCACAGGGAGGCACUGAUACUUGUUCUUGACAACACAAAAUGACAGCCUAACCACAUGUUACCAACAUAGCCCAGGAUGGAAGGAAUUGUGGUCAAAAGCUUUGUUCGACAGGACAGACAAGUAGAAAAUGUCACCUACAUGUAACAAAUUACAGUCAGAGCCAUGCUCUGCACAGACCCUGACAGCUCUUGAAAGCCAGAAUCAUAUACCCUCCCACUUGUACAAAUUCAAGCAAGCUGCUUCUGCUGCACCACCAGCAGACAAGAGUUCUCUCCAGAACUAAGGAUUUUAAUGUGGGAAGUGAAAAUGGUGAAAGUUCCCUCCUUCCUGCCCUGAUUGUUCCUUAUCUUUGAGACAAAAAGAAGCACAAAUCCUACCAAGGCAAAGGAUUUCUCAGCUAGAUGAAAUGAUUUACAGAAGGAAUAACCACAUAAUGAUAGGCAUAAGACAAGUGCUAAAUUUACUACAGUUCUGUACAGGCUAAUCUUGCAUAAAAUGAAGGCAUUUAGUAAUAGCCAUCACUUCUCAUCCUGCUUCUGGAUUACUGCAAAACAUCCCUGCUGCUCCUCAGCUUUUGCAAAAUCUACCAUAUAGUGGAUUGUAUAAUAUGUUUGGCAACAUACUCAAAAACACUGUCAUCUCUCAGCAAACUGCAUAUACCAGCUGUUUGCCAGAAACAGCUCCCUGAGGGUCACACAGAGACUCUGCUGGGAGACAAGAGUUCCAGGUUCUUGCAAAACAUUUGCCUUGAGGUGCCACAGUAAUAAUUGACCUCUACAGGGAUGUCUGUAAUAAAUUGCAGGAAGGCUCUGUUUCUAAUGGCUCGAUCAGCACAACUGAUAACUGCUACUGAACUUGGUGAAACAGGUUGUUUACAUAAUAUGUGUUUUCCUGAUGGUCUGAUACACAGUAAUACACCAUUAUGCAGAUUGCAAGUGUUGGUUUUGGCCAGACAGCAGCAGUUCUAGAGGAUCUUUGAGCAUAAUGUUGUUUUUCAGUUCUAUGUCUCUUGAUGAAAGGCUUGUAGGAAAAGUGGGUUUUUCAGGCUUAAAAUUUAAUCCAGGGUGUGGACAGGAGAACAGGACACAGCACACCCAGUCCCACAUCCCGUGGUGUGAGCCACCAGCUUCACUCUGUCUCCGUUUUUGCUCUGUCAGAUUGAAGCAGCUUUCUGCUGAUGGUCAGGUGUUUGGGAUCAAAUGUACUUGGCUACCUAAGGGCCUGGCUUGGGGUUCCCUGGAGUCAACAGCAGUGGCCUUUUGAAGCCACCCUAGUAACUAAGUAUUGGCUACCACCUGAUACUCAAACCAACACUUCCAAAGAGCACCCACAUCCAGCUGGAGCCCUGUACCUGCAUUCAAGACCUUCAGCAAACUGGUUUUCAGCAGCACUGAGCUGCAGAUACAAUGGGAGGUGGUAGAUCUGCCUAAAUCUGCAUAACAUCUUGAUGCUGAAAUCCUAGCUGCUGAAGGCUUUUUUGGUUGAAAAGUGUUUCCUAAGUUAAGAUUUGACAAUGGUCAUACAGGUUCAAAAAUAAAAGCUAGGAUAGUCCUCGCUCAGGUGGAUCCUUGCAGUCAGAACUACUAAUGAUAUACUAUGUUUUUAUCCAGUUCUCCCACUGGGAUAUUAGAACACUCUCUUAAGUACACUAAGUUGAACUUCCAGCUGUUGCUGAUCUCAACUCAAAAGUAUAAUCAGCUAAGUCUGUGUGAUGAUGUAACAGAGAGGUGCUGAGCUAGCAUGGGUAUGUUACUCCUGAUGUCUUUAAACAUGCCCCAGAAGUGUCAGCAAGCACUGGAUAACUGGAAACAGGAGCUGCUACAAACAGGUCUCUCUUGUCUGCUUGGCUAAGGAUACAGCAACCAUCAGUGGGGUGUGACAAAUGAGAAGCAAGAUAACCACCUUGAAACAGUUACAAAUAUUCUGCUUUCUGAGAGGGCUCUUUGUUUUCCUGUGUUUGAAUGAUUCCUUGUUGUUUUUUUUAAAGAAACACCACACAGAAGAGUGUCUGAGAGUCCUCCAGCACAUCCCAGCUGAUGCAGAAUCAGUCAAAAGUUAUGGACAUCCAAGGGAGGCCACAACAGAUUUGUCACCCAUCAGCAGGGCUGAUGCACUGCUCCAUAGCAGGCAUGGAAUUUCAUACCAUGAUGUCCUUUGUUUCCCAAUGCCAAUCAUGGUACUCCUCAUGCUGGUGCUAUAUCUGUGCCUUUUUUCCUUCCUUUUUUUUUUUUUUUUAUUGAAAAAAUAUCUGAAAAAGGUUCUGAAAUGGAUUUGGUGCAUGAGACAGCUGUAGCAGAUGACUUGACCAAACCACCUGAUAAAGGGUCGAGAAGGAAUAGAAAUGAACAGAAAAGGAGGAAGAAUUCCUCAUAAUUCCUUAUCAAGAUGCACCAAUCUUCUUUAAUUGGACCACUGGCUCUUGUACACCUUUACAAACAAGUUGCUGGAUGCAGAAUGCCUACUGAGACAACUAGUACUACUAAUUUAUUUUUUUUUAAUCCAGGCAGACCAAAAAAUGCAAAAGGUCAUAUUCUGUAACACCUUUGCAAUUCCUGUAGCACCAUGCAUGCCCUGGAGAGCAAGUCUACAAUUCUGUGGAAACAUUAACACCUCUUUGGUGAACUUUAUGUUCAGAUUUAUUUCUUCCAGCACACAUUAGAUAUUCCUACCCCCUACAGAACAGGGUACAGAAGAUUUCUGGAAAGCUGGGCUUUCUACAAAAGUACAACCAGCAUGCCCUGAAGCCCUCCCACACAAUACCAAACACUGUGCAUUCAACAGAGCUGCUGGUUAAUGAUCUCGCUCAUAAGUAAUGUUUUAACCUUAGAAUGGUUUUUGUUUGCUUCAAAAGCCACAAAGCCAAAAAGGAAGUGUAGGAGAACGUGGGCAGGACAGUGGCCAGGAGCCUCAUGACCUCAUCUUUUUCCACCACAUGGGGAUUGGUAGCUGUGCUUGGGACAGGGUUUAAAUUCCCGGAGCUCAGAGAUGUCAGGCAGCAGGGGACGAGGGGAGAAAGCCAGAGCUGCUGGAAGCCAACUCUCUGGAGCUGCUGCUGGGAUCACCAAGAGUGCUCUUAUUGUGGCUGACUACUUUCACACCAGAAAAGGUGAAAUAUCACAAUGAAGGUGGCAGUUCUGUGUUUAUGCCUUAUCAGCAUCACAGCUGCAUGGCCAGUGAUUCAAUCCAAGAAGCAUGCCAUUUCUGCCAGCUCCAAAGAAAAAUAUGACGCCAGGGGCCAUUACUUGCACAGAUAUCACAAUGACCAUGUGAAUUCCCAGUCUCAGGAGAGUCAGCAGCACCCAGAGAGUGACCUGGCAUCAUCUCAGCAGACCCUUUACUCUUCAGAAGAAAGUGUGGAUGUCCCAGAACAACCACACUUUCCUGAUGUGUCAAGCAAGAGCCAUGAAGAUGUGGAUGAUGAUGAUGAUGAUGAUGACAAUGAUUCCAAUGACACGGAUGAAUCCGAAGAGGUUGUCACGAGUUUUCCCACAGACAUUCCAGUAACUGAGCCAUUCCCCACUUUCCCGUUCACCCGGGGAGACAAUGCUGGCAGAGGUGACAGUGUGGCCUACAGGAUGAGGGCAAAAGCUGCACUGUUGAAGGCUAUCAAACUCCACAAAGCUUCCAAAAAGCUCAUCUACGAUGCCACCGAGGAAGAUGAGAGCGACAUGGAUGCAGACAGCCAGCGCUCUGUCUCCCGGGAGGAUUCUGCUUCCCGCAGGUCCCUGAGGAAGCAUGUCAGCAGUGUGGUAUGGUCUGACCAGAGCCACGGGCGGGACAGCAGCGAGCCGGACAGCGACCCGCGGGACCACAGCUUGGAGAACGACAGCAGGCCCAAAUCCGACAGCCACGAGGCAGGAGGCGACAGUAGCAAGUCUGGUGUCAGAGGGGACAGCCUCUCCAGUGUGGAAAGCAGGGAGAGAAGGGACAUCCACUCGAGUGUGGAAAGCAAGGAGAGCAGGGACAGCCACUCGAGUGUGGAAAGCAAGGAGAGCAGGGACAGCCACUCGAGUGUGGAAAGCAGGAAGAGAAGGGACAGCCACUCGAGUGUGGAAAGCAGGGAGAGCAGGGACAGCCUCUCCAGUGUGGAAAGCAGGGAGAGCAGGGACAGCCACUCCAGUGUGGAAAGCAGGGAGAGAAGGGACAGCCACUCCAGUGUGGAAAGCAGGGAGAAAAGGGACAGCCACUCGAGUGUGGAAAGCAGGGAGAAAAGGGACAGCCACUCGAGUGUGGAGAGCAGGGAGAAAAGGGACAGCCACUCGAGUGUGGAAAGCAGGGAGAGCAGGGACAGCCACUCGAGUGUGGAAAGCAGGGAGAGCAGGGACAGCCACUCGAGUGUGGAAAGCAGGGAGAGCAGGGACAGCCUCUCCAGUGUGGAAAGCAGGGAGAGCAGGGACAGCCACUCCAGUGUGGAAAGCAGGGAGAAAAGGGACAGCCACUCCAGUGUGGAGAGCAGGGAGAAAAGGGACAGCCACUCGAGUGUGGAAAGCAGGGAGAGCCGGGACCACGUAUCAGCUCAGCUCUCUGACGAUAUCAGCAGCCAAACGCUGGAAAGUGCCGAGGAUUCUCAAGAUCGUCACAGCAUUGAAAGUAACGAAGUCACCCUUUAG